UGACACCAUCAAUCAGCAGCAGCGGCAGCAGCAGCAACAAAUGCUGCAAAUGCAGCGGCGGCAUAUGGAAAAGAGGCGCAAAAAAAAGAGGCACAAAAAGGGAGAAAACCUGCCACGGGCCUGGGUUCCUGCUGUGACUAACCUACGACAAGGUAGACACACAGCAACGAAAAUCAGCUUACAUCGCGCCCUGGCAACAAGAAACCGGAAAAUUCGCCAGCCAAAACAAAGGGUUUGGCCUAGGACAGCCAGCCAGCCAGCCAUCGAGCCAGUGAGCCAACACAAACACAAACACCUGGAAGGAAGCAAGGCGGCGAAAAAGAUCGAAUCGCAGCCUGCCAGCAGCCUUUUUCUUGGCCAGAAAAGCCAGCGAAUACAAGCAACACGGUAAGAGUAUUCGGGCUGCGGUGGCUAAUGAGUCGUAAUCCUUUCGUGUUGCCUUCUGCGAAUGCACCUUUUGAAACUCUUUAGCCAGCUUUUGCGACUGCUGUCUGUUUGGUCGCGAUUUAGUAACAAAAUCUGUCUGGGGAUUGAACCUAGGAUGUGGGUUAAGGCAACGACCUGGACGGCGGCAGCUGCAUCGCAGCGGAUUAUGCAUGCAGGACCUGCCACGUCCCCCUGUGCACCCCCUUACACCCUUGCGUGCCCCCAUUCAGUGUGAAGUCUAUGAAUAAAUGCAGAUAUUAUGAUUUGAGGUGGGAAUUGAUGAUUUUGGAACAGCACUCACCUUUAGAAUCUGAGUUUUGCGAAAACUCAGCUCGUCGUCAGCCGUCGCAGAGAAAUCGUGUUUGGCAAUCGCUUCCAUUUUGCUGUGUUGUUUUGUGCGCAGUUAGAAAACGCUUUCGGAGUUUGUUUUAAAAUUUAGUUGCAAUUGUAGUUUUGGAUUUAGUUCUAUCAGCCUUGAUGCACCACACACACGCACACACAGAGGCACAGACACACACGCUCGUUCUCUGCUCUUUCUCUCUAACUCUCUUUGAAUUUCUCUCUCACUCACUACUCAGUGCUGUGGAAAUGAAAACGAAACGAGACGAAUCCGCGAUUAGUUAGCGCACAUUAUAUAAACGAUAAAUCAUGGAUAUUCGGCAGUGCGCUUUUCUCAGUUCGGUUAAUAAUAAUAUAUCUUGUGCGAAGGCAAGGGAAGAAAGCGAUUAAAAAUACACCGACGACGACGACAUUCCCAGGCGGAGCAGCAACAGAGAAUGAACACAGACACGAGCCGCUCUCUCCACGGCGGCCACUGUGUGGGUGUGUGUGCGUGAGCGUGGCAGCGUUGCCAGCAGCUUGCGAUUUGGAAUUUCGGGGAAAAGCAGCAGCGUGACCGUGGCCGGGUCGCUUUAUUAUUCCAAGAAAAUAUACUGAACACAACACUGUGGGAGAGGCAUACCGCAGGGCUUUCGUAGUUUUCCUUCACCUGGUCACACCGCAAGACGCUUCGCCAUUUUAAAAAUCAAAACAGGAGACGCUUCGCCGGAAAAGUCAGCAUUACGUUUCAUUCCCAACCGGACACUUCAGUUUGACUCGCCCAUCCGUCACAGCAGUCGCCAUGCAGCGCCACAAGGAACUGUACAAGGAGCAAUCGCUGGUGCUGAGUCCGCGCAAUCACUGCCAGGAGAACAGGGAUCGGUUGCAGGCGGCGCGCGCCAAAAAACGAGAGGAUUGUUUUUAUCAGAACCGCAUCAUCAGCGUGAGCCCGACGCCCGUCAAAAUAAAGCAAUUGGCGGCGGCCCAAGCUGCUCUGACCCAGGAAAAUGUGGCACCCAAACUGGAGAGUCCGGAGCGGCUGGACACGAAGCCCGCAGAACUGCUGAAGGAAUCCAACCCGAAGGUCUCCCGCCAGAAGCUCUACUUACAACGCUACAUGGAGUGGAAGAUAGCCAAGACCAAGGAGCAUAAGCAGCAAGACCAGAAACGUCGAGGCGCAGCCAUCAAUGUGCCGACAGUAAAACAAUCAAAGGCCUUGCCCAAAUCACAAACAUUUCGGGUUCCCGAUAAUCUGGCUUCUGCAAAGCAGAAGGAGGCGGCUCCCAUGUUCCAGCCUCCCAAGCGGUGUUCUCUCUACAUGAUUGCCAAUCCGACGGGCAAGGGAAAAGCCGCAGAACCGAUUAAACCUUCAAUACCCAAGCCAACGUCAGCAGCAGCUCCUCCGUCAUCCAAUACCGUGGCUGCAUCUUCCGCCUUGGCCAGGCAUAAAUCAGCUGCUUCUGCAACAAAAAUAGUGCCUGCAAUUCGUCAGAACAACAAUCCAGUGGCCUUGGCCAGGCAAAAAGCAGCUGCACGACCCAUUCCCAACACAACGAAGCAAACUACCAGUGUAAGGCAGCCUGGGAUUGAAGCGAAAAAGAUCACUACCACCAUACCCAGACCCACCCCAGCGACAGUCACGAAAGCGAAAACGCCAGGCAUACGACAACAGCCACCAGUGGUCAGCACAAAGCCAAGAUUACCUGAGCCGCCAGCGCCACGGACAGCUAGACUGCCCAAUGUGUUGUCCAAGCCGUUCGAGAAACCUUUAGGAAACAAGGCACCAGUGACACGACGGGCGAAUGUCGUGAAACCACAGCCUAUACGUGGCGGAGGUGGUGCCGCGGCCAAGUUCAAGGACACAGCUGGAGCGACCAGCAAGGCAGCAAGUCACUCCAUACGAAUGAAGGCCACCAAGAUAAAGAGCCAGUACACGAGGCUUCAGGACAACGUGCGAAAGCUUCCUCAGCUCAAAGCCGAGUUGCUGCACGCAGCCACGCUAGAUAUACCGCCUCUCACGCCGCUAGACGAUAUCCAUAAUCCCUUUAUCGACCAGGCCACAUCAACGCAGUGCAAGUCGAACAAUAGCAGCGGUCAUCUUUUGGAGGCGUUUGGCGACACCAUCUUGUUGAGCCCGGUGGCACCGGUCAAAGCUGAAGGAGAAAGUUCGGUGAAAAGGCAGUUGCUGCCGGAAGGUAAGAAAGAGGCGUCAGGUCCGGUGGCAAAGAAAAAGUUCGACUUUACGCGUUACUCAGUGGCGAAUUCGCCGGCGGAGGACUCGCUCAUCUUGGAUCCUCAGCAGACGACGGUUAAAGAAGACACUGGAGAUUCCACUUUGGUGCCAGAGGGUACAAAGACACCGCCACGUCGCGAAUCCAAUGGAAUGCCCAACUAUCUCAGUCCGUUUGUUAGUGUCUCGCGGGGAAAGGUGAACUCGCGCUGUGAGAAGGAGAAACGCAAUAGCUUCUACCUGUCCAAUGAGGAAUCGCCCUUGGAAGUUCGCCGUGCCAUUGAAUCGGUUCUGUACUUCCGACUGCAGCUGGAAAACGAGAUCACGCGCCUCCAAGCGCUUUGCGCUGAAUGGGAGGCGUACAGCAAGGAGAAUGAGGCACGGCUGCAGGAAACGGGCGGCAUUGACAUGAUCAACGUGACCAUCGGUCAAACACGUCUGCUGACCACAAAAAAGAUGAUGCAGUUCAGCGGCCUGAUCGAUCGUUGCGAGGCUGGAGCGACCGGCAAGAACAGUCAGCCAAACGAUGGCAGUGAGGAUUCGAAACCGGUGCAGGCUGAGGAUCUGGAGGGCUGGUGGGACAUGCUGCGCCUGCAGAGCGAGAACGUGGACAAGCGUUUCGAUAACCUGAAACGUUGGAAGGCCAACGACUGGCUGGAUCCGGAUGCCGUGGCCGAGGAACCCAAACAGCCGAAGCCCAAGCCCAAGAUAAGUCGCAACAUGAAGAUCAAAUCGAAGGCCAAGCCGAGCAGCAAUCUGCAGCAGUUCCUCCGCAAAGCCCAUGCCAACAUGAAGAAGACCAAGGUGGAGGAGCCAACGCUGGAGGAUGGCCUGCCCGCCACGUCCUCGCGCCACAGUUCGCCGCGAGUAAUCGUAGUUCGCAACCGCCGAUCCUUUUCGCCCGCCCGCACAGUACUCCGCAUGUCCACCGGCGAGGGCCGUCAGUCGAUUGCGCCAAAUGCGCUCCUGAAAUCAGCGAUUCUUGCGGCCGCCGAGCAGAACGCUGCCAAGACGCCGCCGCCUAAGCCGCGCACCUCCAUCCUCAAGACGCCCGGCACCACGAAACGCCAGAACCGUGGCGUGCUCUUCAGCGCCAAGAAGAGCGUACGACGAUUCCAGUUCACCUACGAGGAGGGAAACAUUAGCAACGACGAGACAGUGGGCGCCGACAAGUUGGAGGACUGCGAGGAGGACAUGUCGCUGGAAGCCUCCACGGAAAGCGGAUCCCUGGAACAGAAUCCGGGAAGGGAUUCCAAUCAGGAGAAUGAAGCAACUCCUCGCACGUACACGCUGCGCAAUCGGCGGGUGAAUCUGCGUCCCUCCUCCGAGUUUAUGUAGUUUUGUCUAUUGACAGUAAUUGUCCGUUGUGGAAUUGUUUAUACUUUUAUCUUCUUAGUUUAAUAUUUUUUUGCGGAUGCCAUUAAGUGUUAAUUUAUUAAGAUGUUGAAAAUUACAUUUGGCGUUUUAAAUGUUCGACGAGUAUGUUCUGUG